GGUGGCAGUGCCCCCCUUAAUCUAAUUACUGUUUUUUUUUUUUCUGGAACUGUUGAGUCCUUGUACCACACGAGGGCCUGUGAGUCUGUUCCUGCCUCCAAACUGCUCUCCUCAUUUCGAGCUGUUGCCAAAUUCCCACCUCCUCCUCCUCCUCCUCCUCUCUGCCUGCCAACAGCUCCUCUCGGGCGGCGUAGCGGAGCAUUCGCACCCCGCUGUCGGCGUUUAGCGGACGGAGCUCGGUGCUUGAGGCGGGGGGGGAGGAGGAGGUGAGCGAUGCCCGUGAACCCGUGCUCCCGCAGGCCGGCGGCCCGGCGCUCCGCGUCCGCGCUGCUGCUCGUCGCUUUGGCCCUCCUGCUGCUCCAGACGCUCAUCGUGUGGAACUUCAGCAGCCUGGACUCCGCCGGAGGAGACGCAGGCGCACGGAGCCGGGAGAAGAGAGGAGCCCGAACCGGCGGGCUGGACAAAGCCGCCGCCGAGCCCCCGAGGCGGGCGGCGCAGAAGAAGAGCGUCCCGCCGGCGGCGCGCGGGAAGGCGGCCUCUCGCCACCAGCUGCAGGCGGACAUCUACCAUUCCUUCCACCAUAAAGAGAAACCUCGCUUGGACAGCAACAACAAUGAGAACUCUGUUCCUAAAGACUUUGACACUAUUGACAGCAACAGUAACCUGGGAGUACGUUCCCAACGCCAGCGAACAUCAGCCACAAACACCAGAGACAAGCUGGACAAAGCUCAAGCACAGAGCAUGCUGGGAAAAUCUGCUAACAUCAUCCUCAAGCGCCCUCCGCUUCAGUCGAGAGGGUCCGUUUACAAUCGCCCCUACAAUUACAGCAGUAAGUCCCACCCUCUGGUUCAAGCUGUUCAAACACCUGUCCAGGGGUCCAAUCAGGAGUCAUCGUUCUAUCAACCAAAGACGUCCGUCUCUCCACUGCCACCAAACAUGGAACCAAGGAAGGAACAGCCACAAUGUGAGAUCAGUGGCAAGGAAGCCAUUUCUGCUCUAUCUAGAGCCAAGAGCCGAGAGUGCCGGCAGCAUAUAGUGGAGGUCUACUGCAAACACAAGGAGAAGACACUCAUGCCGGAGAAAGUGCCUCGUUACUGUCCUAUAGAAGGUAAAGUUAACGUGAAUGUGCAGUUGGAUGAAGAGCCUUUGAACGCUCUUCCACCUGUUCCCGUGCGGAUCGCCUUCGUCCUCGUGGUCCACGGUCGGGCCUCACGUCAGUUUCAGCGUCUCUUUAAAGCCAUCUACCACACGUCCCACUACUACUACGUCCACGUAGACCAGCGGUCCAACUACCUGCACAGAGAAGUCCUGCUGCUGACCCGACAGUAUCCCAACGUCAGACUGACGCCGUGGCGGAUGGCCACCAUUUGGGGUGGGGCCAGCCUGUUGACCAUGUACCUGCGAAGCAUGGAAGACAUCCUCAAAAUGUCUGAUUGGUCCUGGGACUUUUUCAUUAACCUCAGUGCUGCUGACUACCCAAUCAGGACCAAUGACCAGCUGGUGGUGUUCCUGUCCAGGUACCGCAACAUGAACUUCAUCAAGUCUCAUGGCAGAGACAACGCACGUUUUAUCCGUAAACAGGGUCUGGACCGUCUUUUCUUCGAGUGCGACACCCACAUGUGGCGUCUUGGUGAUCGUAAGAUCCCAGAAGGCAUUGCGGUGGACGGAGGCUCCGAUUGGUUUCUGCUUAAUCGUCCCUUUGUGGAUUACGUGGUCAAUUCUCAAGAUGAGCUGGUCAGCAACAUGAAGCGUUUCUACGCCUACACACUGCUGCCCGCCGAGUCGUUUUUCCACACGGUGCUGGAGAACAGCGCCCACUGUGAGAGCAUGGUGGACAACAACCUGAGGCUCACCAACUGGAACCGCAAACUGGGCUGUAAGUGCCAAUACAAACACAUUGUGGACUGGUGCGGCUGUUCACCCAACGACUUCAAGCCCCCGGACCUGCUCCGCUUCCAGCAAACUUCCAGACCCACGUUCUUUGCCAGGAAGUUUGAAGCCAGUGUCAGUCAGGAGAUCAUCAACCAGCUGGACUCCUACCUGUUUGGUGCUUAUGCCUCCGGCAUGCCAAACCUCCAGGCCUACUGGGAGAACAUCUAUGAGCAAGAGACAGACGGCCCAGCCAGCCUAUCAGAUGCUGCUCUGAGCCACUUCCAUGCCUUCACUCGUAUGGGGCUUUCAUGUGUUGCCAGCUCACUGCAAGGCCAUCCCAACGACAACAGCUGCAGGUACGUGGCCAUGAGUCACCCGGUGUCAGUCCACCUCUACUUCCUGUCAGACCAGUUCCAGGGCUACCUGGUCCGUCACGUGGCCACUAACCGAGCCUCCACCCAGCUGGAGACACUGGAGACUUGGGUGACACCCAAAGACCACUUCACGUUGGCCAACCAGCCCAACCCCACUAACAGGCUGCAGCAUGUCCAGGUGGGGACAGACUGGGAUCCAAAGGAACGGCUCUUCAGGAACUGGGGGGGUCUGCUGGGACCCGAGGAUGAGCCGGUAGCCGUGCAGCGAUGGAGCCGAGGACAGAGCAACCUGACAGCCACCGUGGUCUGGAUCGACCCCACCAAUGUCAUCGCCGCCACCUAUGACAUCCUGGUGGAUGCAUCUGCUGAGGUCACUCACUACCGGCCGCCGCUCAGCCUGCCACUGAGGCCGGGAGUGUGGAUGCUGAGGGUGCUGCACCACUGGAACCCGCUGGGCCAGACCAGCUUUAUCGUGGCUCCGCUGGAGUUCCACCGGCAGCAGCCCAUACAGCAAGAGGAGGCCCUGCGGCUCCACAGCGGCCCGGCCAGGAAUUCCUACAUGGAGCAGAGCUUCCACGGUCUGAACCCGGUGCUCCGGCUGCCGGUGAGCCUGGGUGCUGUGGAGGAAGCCGAGGCCAGUGCCAGUCUGACGGGGGCGCCGCUACGCCGCUGGCUGGACCGACUACUGGAGGGUCACUGGUCCGCUGCCGACGUGUGUUCGGUGGCUCCCAGCGCCUGUCCCAUCAUGCAGCGCUGCUACCUCACUGCCUGGAGCUCCUUCAGCCCCGACCCAAAGUCUGAACUGAUGCCACCGCGAGAGGACGGACGGAUCAGGUAGCAGAAAGAGGCCCAGAAGGA